AUGUGUUACUAUGCCAGGACCGAUUUCCGGUGUGGAGAUUGGAGAUGGGGAAACAUGAAACAACGUUGUCCUCGCCAACCUCGAAUCGGGGAGACCUGUGGCGCUAAACUGGUCGACACUGACAAUCUGUCCAGAGCUAAUGAAGAUUGUAAACAUUGCCAGGAGAAAGCCGUCAAAGAAAGGCGACUCCAGAAAGAGAGGGACAAUCUCAGGCGAUGGCAGCUUGAGGGCGACAGAUUCUCAGCCAGUAUCGCCAAGGCAGAAGACGAGAUCGGUCGUCUCGAGAGGCAAAUCGCGGAACUGGAAGCCAGACGCACAUCUGUGGUGUUCAGCGCAAGA